UUCCCAGCCACUAGUUACAACUAAUCAAGCCACAACUAAUCCAGGGCCCACGUAAAAGUCACGUGAGUGCCAUUCUUGUCGCGAAUGCACGCGUCGUGAUUCUUCAGGUUCAACUCCAACUCUCAAGCGGUCAAGCCAACUUCACAACAUAUUCAACCGCAACUUUUCAUUCUAGUCUUGCCUUUCCACUGGGGUGUUCCUUCGAAAUUCAUCUUUGCACUACUCGACUUGCUGGACCAGUUUGGAAUUGACUACCAUCCUGCAGUUGACUUGAUCGAUCGCGAAUAUACGGUGCUGAACCAUCCGCGGUCAUGAUGGCUCCGUCACGUACCCGGCAUGCAGAUUCCAAGGAGUCGUCACCCCGGGACGAAGACGUGUCUAUGACAGAUGCUGGGGCUGCUGUGGGCCAGGAUGAUGGCGACGCAGGCGAUGAACCCAUGGCCGACUAUCAGGAAACACCCGACUAUACAGAUUCCGACACCAACCCAAAUACCACGGCCAGCAGCGUUGCAGGAGACCAAGCCCAGGCCGAUGGACGUAUGCGACGAUCCCAAGCAUUCCAACUUCGCAAAAGCAUAUACGGAAAGAAGAACAGUCGCUUGGCCGAGUCGAAGGAGGACGACUCCAUCCGACGAUUCCAAUACCUGCUUGGUCUGACUGACCUGUUUCGGCACUUCAUCGAAUCGAACCCGAACCCACGAGUCAAGGAGAUUAUGGUCGAAAUCGACCGAAGAGAGGCAGAGGACGAGGAAAAGGCGAGGAAAGGCCAUUCGAGGAAGGGUGGUGCUGCCGCCGAUCGACGUCGCCGAACGGAACAAGAGGAGGACGCGGAGUUAAUCCGAGAUGAGAAAUACGGUAAAACAGAGACCAUUUUCCGUGAAUCACCUGCCUUCAUUCAAGGUGGGGAGAUGCGAGAUUACCAGAUUGCUGGCCUGAAUUGGCUAGUUUCUCUCCAUGAGAACGGCAUUUCUGGCAUCCUCGCAGACGAGAUGGGUCUGGGAAAGACUCUCCAGACGAUCGCAUUCCUGGGCUACCUGCGGUUUGUCUGCGACAUCAAUGGACCGCAUUUGGUUGUCGUUCCAAAAUCCACCCUCGAUAACUGGAAUCGGGAAUUCAAGAGGUGGAUCCCGGAGAUCAACGUGCUCGUCCUUCAAGGAGCGAAAGAUGAACGCGCACAGCUCAUCAGCGAGCGAUUGAUCGACGAAAAGUUCGAUGUGUGUGUAACGAGCUACGAGAUGAUUCUUCGCGAAAAGUCGCAUUUGAAGAAGUUUGCCUGGGAGUACAUCAUCAUCGACGAAGCGCACCGAAUCAAAAACGAAGAGUCGUCGUUGGCGCAGAUUAUCCGAUUGUUCAACUCCCGAAACCGACUCCUCAUCACCGGCACACCCCUUCAAAACAACCUACACGAGCUUUGGGCCUUGUUGAAUUUCCUGCUCCCCGAUGUCUUUGGUGACGCGGAAGCUUUCGAUCAGUGGUUUUCUGGCCAGGAUGCCGAUCAGGAUACCGUUGUCCAACAACUACACAAAGUCCUUCGACCAUUCCUGCUUCGUCGUGUCAAGUCCGAUGUGGAGAAGAGUUUGCUUCCAAAGAAGGAGGUCAAUUUGUUCAUCGGCAUGUCCGAAAUGCAGGUCAAAUGGUACCAGAAGAUCCUCGAGAAAGACAUCGACGCCGUGAACGGUGCAGGUGGUAAGAAAGAGUCGAAGACCCGGCUACUGAAUAUCGUCAUGCAGCUCCGGAAAUGUUGCAAUCAUCCUUACCUGUUUGACGGAGCCGAGCCGGGUCCACCUUAUACUACCGAUGAGCAUUUGGUUCAGAAUUCGAUGAAGAUGGUAAUGCUCGACCGACUCCUCAAGCGAAUGGAAGCGCAGGACAGCCGGGUCUUGAUCUUCUCCCAGAUGAGCCGACUGCUGGAUAUUCUCGAAGAUUAUGCGGUUUUCCGAGGCUACAAAUAUUGCCGCAUCGACGGUUCCACAGCACACGAGGAUCGCAUUGCCGCCAUCGAUGAAUACAAUAAACCGGGAUCCGAAAAGUUUCUGUUCCUUCUGACCACUCGCGCCGGGGGCUUGGGAAUCAACCUGACCUCGGCUGAUAUCGUCGUCCUGUUCGACAGCGAUUGGAACCCGCAGGCGGAUUUGCAGGCGAUGGACCGUGCCCAUCGUAUCGGACAAACGAAGCAAGUCAUGGUGUAUCGAUUUAUCACGGAGAACGCCAUCGAAGAGAAGGUCCUGGAGCGAGCCGCUCAGAAGCUUCGCUUGGACCAGGUCGUCAUCCAACAAGGUCGUGCUGGGCAGCCGCAGACCAAGGCCGCGUCGAAGGAGAAUUUGCUGUCGAUGAUUCAGCAUGGUGCUGAGAAGGUGUUCGAGUCGCAAGGUGCCAUUGGCGCCCAUUCCGGCGGCGAACUCACCGACGAUGACAUCGACGCCAUCCUGAAGCGUGGUGAGGAGCGUACGGCGGAACUGAAUGCCAAAUACGAGAACCUUGGUAUCGAUGACCUACAGAAGUUCACGUCGGAGUCCGCGUACGAGUGGAAUGGUCAGAAGUUCAUCGCUCCGAAGAAGGAUAUUGGUUUGAAUUGGAUCAAUCCGGCGAAGCGAGAGCGCAAGGAGCAAGCCUACUCGAUCGACAAGUAUUACCGACAAGCUUUGAUGACCGGCGGACGAACUGCGGACACCAAGCCGAAGAUCCCACGCGCACCGAAACAGAUCACCAUCCACGAUUACCAGUUCUUCCCGCCCGGACUGAGCGAGCUUCAGGACAAGGAGACAGCUUGGUACCGCAAAGAGAACAACAUCAAGGCACCACUUCCUGACGGGCCCGAGGAGGAGCUGGAAUCCCGUCAAGCGGAGCAAGAGCUCGAGCAGCAGGAAAUCGACAAUGCCGAGCCGCUCACCGAGGACGAGAAAGCCGAAAAGGAGCGGUUGUCGCAGAUGGGUUUCGUGGACUGGAAUCGCCGCGACUUCCAGCAGUUCAUCAACGGAUCGGCUAAAUACGGGCGGGACAACUACGAGGGCAUCGCCGAGGAGGUGGACGGCAUGGAUGUCGAUGAAGUCCGCGAGUACGCGAAAGUGUUCUGGAAAAAACACAAGGAGAUCCAUAACUACGAGAAGUACAUCCACGCGAUCGAGGAAGGCGAGGAGCGCACCCGCAAGAUCGAGCACCAACGCAAGAUGCUCAAGAAGAAGCUCGCCAUGUACCGCGUGCCGCUGCAGCAGAUGAAGAUCAACUACUCCGUCUCGACGACCAACAAGAAGGUGUACACCGAGGAAGAAGACCGGUUCCUGCUGGUGAUGCUCGACAAGCACGGCGUUGACACCGAGGGCAUCUACGACAAGAUCCGCGACGACAUCCGCGAUUCGCCGCUAUUCCGGUUCGAUUGGUUUUUCCUCAGCCGCACGCCCGUGGAGAUCGGCCGGCGGUGCACGACGCUGCUGACGACGGUCGCUCGGGAGUUUGAGAGCGGCGACGGGAAGGUCACUAAUGGCGCGGGGAAGGGCAAGCGGGCGCAGGAUGAGGAGGAAGAGGUCGAGGAGGAGGACGUGCCGGCGAAGAAGAAGUCCAAGAGUGGUGUUAAGAACAAACAACUCGACACGGUCAAGGGUAGUAAAGCCACAUCCGCGAGCACCUCUCGAGCGCAGAGCGAAGUGUCCACCGGAUCUGCCCCAUCGCGAUCCAAGUCCAAGAGCAAGAAGAAAUAAGCUGUGAUGGGAAGGACUUUUCACCGAUGGUAACUGGGCGUUUGGGAGUCGGAAAAGUUUGUCGGUUACGGAGUCCAGACAUGAGGCGGCGUCGCAAUGGAAUGAUGAUAUAUUAGGUUUAGAUCUUAGAUCUACACAUUGAGGAAUACGUGUAUGAGCAUCCUGCUCGCCACCAUGGUUAUGAUAAGUGUUCCCGUAUGCCAUUCGGGCUUAUUCGACUCGUCAGAUGGGAGGGGCGCGAUACAUGCGAUCCGCGAGCUGUACCU